AUCGAUGACGUAACACGAGCUUCGAGUUAUCGAACCAAUGAGAAGAUCUGUCACAUGUAGCGUAAUGGCGGCCGAAGUCAACUUUUGAUUCGAAUUAUGAAGUCGAAUGGAAAUUGGUAUUGUUUUUAUAAUUAUACCAAUUAAUUUCCACGACCGAAGGUAGAGCCUGUAGUUAUUGACAAGUAAACAUCUCUUUUCAAAUGGCAACUUUGAAGUCUCCUCGACCGACUCCACGUUUUUUCAACGAACCGCAGACUUUUUCAACUAAAAAGGCUAGAGCAACACCUAGAGAACAGUUACCUCCACGUCCACCUGUAAAAAGUGCUCCUCCAAUAAGUAGAGUGUUUCCUCAUAAGUAUCUUGAUCAAAGAGCACAUGUUGUUAGCUUUAAGGGUUCAGAUUCAUGUCUUUCCAAUAAACAUUACAAUGAAACUAGUAAUGAAUUAUAUUUCGAUCAAUGUUUUGAAGUAGUUUGUAAAUUAGGUGUUGGUUCUUUUGGUGAAGUUUUUAAAGUCAGAAGUAAAGAUGAUGGAAAAUAUUAUGCAGUAAAAAGAUCAAGAGAAAGAUUUAAAGGAGAAUCUGAUAGACAAAGAAAGCUAGAAGAGGUGAAAAAGCAUGAAGAACUUCCCAAGCAUCCUAAUUGUAUAUAUUUUAUUAAAGCAUGGGAAGAAAGACAACAUCUCUAUAUUCAGACUGAAUUAUGUGAAACAAGUCUCAGCAAUUAUACUGAACAAAAUCAUGAUAUUCCUGAAUUAGUAGUGUGGAAUUAUUUAGUUGAUCUCAUUCAAGCAGUGAAGCAUCUUCAUGAUCAUGAUUUAAUUCAUCUAGAUAUUAAACCAGCUAAUAUAUUCAUUUCAAAAGAUAACAUUUGUAAAUUAGGUGAUUUUGGGCUAGUAUUGAAUUUAAAAAAGAAUGAUUUAUCUGAAGCUCAAGAAGGUGAUCCUAAAUAUCUGGCCUUAGAAUUAAUGGAAGGAAAAUUUUCAAAAGCGGCAGAUAUCUUCAGUCUUGGAAUAACAAUUUUAGAGCUAGCUUGUGAUUUGGAUUUACCUCGAGGUGGACCAGGAUGGCAUCAGUUAAGACAAGGAAAUAUACCUAAUGAUUUUUUAAAUUAUCUUAGUCCAGAAUUAAGAAAAAUCAUUUGUUUAAUGAUGAUGCCCAAUUACAAAAAGAGACCAACAGCUGAUGAUAUUUUAGCAAUGCCAGUAAUUCAAAAGGUUUUGAGGAGGAGACAUAUGUACAUAAAAGGAAUGAAAAUUCUGUGCAGUUUUACAAGACUAUUUCAUUGGUUAUUUCUACUGCUGUUGUCGUUCUUGUCAGUAAUGAUGUAUCCAUUCAAAAAACUUCUACAUAAGAAACGAAAGUUCUUCACUCCUCCAUUAGAUAGAAAUCCUCAUCCGUUGGAAUGGGAUCAUAGCUUUUCUGAUGAUGAAGUAUUUGAAGAAGAAAUAAUGAAUGCUUCUCAAAAUUCUAUGGCAGUUCCUCUAUCAGAUUCAUCAUCUAGUGAUAGUAAAAAUGGUAGCUUUUUAAAUUCAAGUUUUCAUGGCAGACUUUUAAAUUCAACUCCAGCCGUGAUUAAAAGGCCAUCUCCUAACGUGUCUACUCCUUUUUCCGUUUCUGCCUAUGAAAUGGAUUAUAUCACAUCAUUCCUACGUAUAGCAGAUGUU